CAAGCGAAAGGUGAUGAACGGCUUUAAUCAUUUGAACUUUCACUUUAAAAGUGUUCCUUACUUCGGUAACUUUUGUGUCAAAUAGUAUAAGAUUUGCUACACCCCAUCAGUUUCGAUUUUUAGGGUUAGUUUAAAAGUCUAAGAAAUAUACUGACUUAUCGAUCGGAAAUAUAAUCCGGUAAUUUCCCGAAUUAUAACUCCACAAAGGCUAUUGUAUGUUAAAAUAUUGCGCAGUCUACUAAUAUUAGUUCGCCAUAUUGGGUGUGAAGAGUUCGAAUAAACGUUAACGUAUUGUAGAAUAUAUUAUAAUUUAAAUUGUAACGUAUUUAUUGUAUACUAAUUGAUAUUCGUGAUCAAUAAUGGGUAAAAAAAAAGGAAAGAAGCAACCCAAGCAAAGUAUAGAUUCUCCAUCUGCUGGUCCAUCUAAUCCUUCAGAACAGAGCCAGCAAGAAGAACAAUCGUCAGCAAGUAGCGCACAUGGGAGAGAUCAAUCACAGCAAUCUGGAAGUGGUGAAGGAACUCAAAAUGCACCCAAAAAAAAUAUAUCAAAAAAAAAAGGUCACCGUACAUUUACAACAUUCCAAUUUCCAUUAUCAUCAUCAUCACAAUCAUCAUUACCAUCAGAAUCAUCAACACCAUCAGAACCACCAUCGUUAUCAUUAUCGACACAGUCAUUUCCAUCAUUACCAUCGUCAUCAGAACCACCAUUAAAAAAACCACUAUCGUUUGCUUCGUUACUAUCGUCAAAGUCAUCACAACAAUCACAACCACCAGUGGAACAAUUGCAAUCGCCAUCACAACAACCACAAACACCGCAAGCAUGGCAAAAGCCAUUACAACAACCACAGCAAGCAUGGCAACAGCCAUCAGAACAAUCGCAACAAGCAUGGCAACAGCCAUUACAACAACCACAGCAAGCAUGGCAACAGCCAUCAGAACAAUCGCAACAAGCAUGGCAACAGCCAUCACAAGAACCACAGCAAAAAUUGCAACAGCCAUUAGAAGAACCACAACAAAAAUCGCAAGAGCCGUCAGAAGAACCACAGCAAAAAUGGCCGCAGUUGUCAGAACAACCACAGAAAAAAUCGCAACAAAAGUCAAAACGAUCACAGAAAAAAUCGCAACAAAAGUCACAACCACAGCAAGCAUGGCAACAGCCAUCAGAACAACCACAACAGCCGUCAGAAGAACCACAGCUAACAUCGCAACAGCUGUCAGAAGAACCACAACAGAAAUUGCAACUGCCAUCAGAAGAACCACAACAAAAAUGGCCGCACCUGUCAGAAGAACUACAGCAAAAAUCGCAACUGCCGUCGGAAGAACCACAGCAAGAAUGGCCGCAGCUGUCAGAACAACCACAGCAAAAAUCACAACAGCCAUCAGAAGAACCACAACAAAAAUCGCAACAGCUGUCAGAAGAACUACAGCAAAAAUCGCAACAGUCGUUGGAAGAACCACAGCAAAAAUGGCCACAGCUGUCAGAACAACCACAGCAAAAAUCGCAACAGCCAUCAGAAGAACUAGAGCAAAAAUGGCCGCAGUUGUCAGAACAAUCACAGAAAAAAUCGCAACAAAAGUCAAAACGAUCACAGAAAAAAUCGCAACAAAAGUCACAACAACCACAGCAAGCAUCGCAACAACCGCAGCCAUCAGAACAACCGCAACAGCCGUCAGAAGAACCACAGCAGAAAUCGCAACAGCUGUCAGAAGAAUCACAACAAAAAUCGCAACAGCCAUCAGAAGAACCACAGCAAAAAUGGCCGCAGUUAUCAGAACAACCACAACAAGAAUCGCAACAGCCAUUAGAAGAACCACAGCAAAAAUCGCAAAAGCCGUCAGAAGAACCACAGCAAAAAUGGUCGCAGCUGUCAAAACGAUCACAGAAAAAAUCGCAACAAGCAUGGCAACAGCCAUCAGAACAACCGCGACAAGCAUGGCAACAGCCAUCAGAACAACCGCGACAAGCAUGGCAACAGCCAUCAGAACCACCGCGACAAGCAUGGCAACAGCCAUCAGAACCACCGCGACAAGCAUGGCAACAGCCAUCAGAACCACCGCGACAAGCAUGGCAACAGCCAUCAGAACCACCGCGACAAGCAUGGCAACAGCCAUCAGAACCACCGCGACAAGCAUGGCAACAGCCAUCAGAACCACCGCGACAAGCAUGGCAACAGCCAUCAGAACCACCGCGACAAGCAUGGCAACAGCCAUCAGAACCACCGCGACAAGCAUGGCAACAGCCAUCAGAACCACCGCGACAAGCAUGGCAACAGCCAUCAGAACAACAGUCGUUAGAAGAACCACAGCAAAAAUGGCCACAGCUGUCAGAACAACUAGAGCAAAAAACGCAACAGCCGUCACAACGAUCACAGAAAAAAUCGAAACAAAAGUCACAACAGCCGUCACAACAACCAUUACAAUUAUCACCAUCACCAUCACAAAUACCACAACCAUCGUCAUCAUCACAACAAUUAGAAUUGUUACCACAAAAAGCAGAAUCAUCAUCAUUAUCAGAAGAAUCAGAAGCGCCAAUACCAUUUUCUGUAGUACAUGAAAAGUUAACAAAGUCUGUAGCUGGUCAGUUGGCACUUAGUAUACCUACAAGAAAAAAUCCUUCCAUUAGUGGAACACGUGGUCGACCUAUAACAGUUGAAGUCAAUGUAAUGGCAUUGGAAUUUAAGAAUUUAAAAACAAAUGUUACUCAAUAUGAUGUAACAAUUACUCCUGAUAAGCCCAAAUGUUUAAUGAGAGUAAUUUUUGAAGAAUUUAGAAAGAAAAGGUUUCCAAAUCGACACCCUGCAUAUGAUGGAAAUAAGAUUGCUUAUAGUGCGAAUGAUUUACCAUUUCCUACAUAUAUAAAUGAUGAAAUUAUAAUUUUUGAAAAUGGUCAAGAAAGAAUAUUUCAAAUUGAAAUGAAAAAAGCUACUUCUAUAGAUCUUUCAUUUCUAAGAAGUGUGAAACCUGGAUUUAAUGAGUCAUUGGGAACUCAGUCUGGAAUACAAGCUCUUGAUGUCAUUUUGCGCCAUGGACCUUUGUCAUUUUGUUUUCCGGUUGGAAGAUCAAUAUUUUGGCAACCAACGGGUAGGUCAGAAUCUUUGUCAAAUGGUAUGGAGUUGUGGAUAGGUUCAUUCCAAUCUGCUAUAUUAGGAUGGAAACCUUUACUUAAUGUAGAUGUUGCACAUAAGGGUUUUCCCAAAUCUCAAAAUGUUAUGGAUCUAAUAAAAGAACUUUGUUUACGUGGAGAAAACAGAGAUAUUACUUUAAGUGAUGUAAAUCAGAAUCAAGAAAAAAUAAAGAAAUUUUUAGUUGGAUUAAAAGUUCAUUAUGUAAUACCGAACAUACCAUCGUCCAAGCGAACACAAGUAGUGCGUGGUUUCGCUGAAUGUCCAAGAAUAAAUGUAUUUUCACGUGACGAUGGAACAUCGAGUACUAUUGAGAACUAUUUCAGAAAAGAAAAAAACUAUAUAAUACGUUAUCCUACUUUGCCUUGUUUGUGGAUAGGGCCAGAAACUAAAAAGAUAUAUGUACCUCCAGAGCUCUGUACAAUAGCACCUGGACAAACAAUUCGAAGGAAAAUGGACGAAAUACAAACUUCGAAAAUGAUAAAAUUAGCAGCAACAUCUAGUGACAGACGAAAAGAAAAGAUAAUGGAAGGUUUUCGAGCUUUGAAAAUAAAUGAUCAUCCAACUAUGAAAAAGGAAUUUAAUCUUUCUGUAAAAUCAGAAUUUGAAAGAGUACCGGCUAGAGUAUUAGACGCUCCUAAAUUGAAUUAUAAUAAUAACGAUAUUGUAUCUGUAAUGAAGGGUGUUUGGAGGGCGAAGAAAUUUCUUAAUCCAAGUACUUUACUUGAUAAGCAAUGGACUAUUUUAAAUUUAGUUGAUAGAAGAAUAAAAGACAGAGACAUGUACCACUUAUGCGAUAUGCUGCGAGAGGGUGCAAGAACAGUUGGUAUGUUUAUGGGCGAUGCUUUAAAACCAUUUCAGUAUUGUAAUAAUCAUCUACAAGCUUUAUUAGCGUGUUUUGAUCAAUUGAAAAAAAGUGGAGUAAAACUUAUUAUAGUUAUUAUAUCAGACUAUAAUGACUCCUAUAGUAACGUGAAACAAAUUAGCGAGUUACGAUUAGGUAUGCUUACACAGUGUAUUAAAUCUGUAACUGUUGAAAGAAAAUUGAAUCCAGCAACCAUAGGAAAUAUCCUUUUGAAAAUAAAUUCUAAACUUAAUGGCGUAAAUCAUGAAAUUUGUGGUCAUGUUAGACCUUCUAUUUUAUCUCCAGAUUGUAUUUUGAUCGGUGCUGAUGUAACCCAUCCAUCACCAGAUUCUAAAAAUAUACCUUCUAUAGCUGCAGUUGCUGCAAGUUGUGACAGAACUGCAUUCAGAUAUAAAAUCGAAAUUCGACUGCAACAACCAAGACAAGAAAUCAUUAGUGAUUUUGCGGACAUUGUUAGAAUAUUAUUAAGAUAUUAUUAUAAAUGCACGGGAAUUCAACCAAAGAAAAUUAUUAUUUAUCGUGAUGGCGUAAGUGAAGGACAGCUAACCCAGGUACUGCAUCACGAAUUAACAGCCCUUAAACAUGCAUUUCAAUCACUUUCUAAGGAUGAUUCUUAUCAUCCUUCAGUCACUUUUCUUGUGGUGCAAAAAAGACAUCAUAUACGAUUCUUCCCUACGGAUAGAAGAAAUACAGAUGAUAGAAACUUUAACGUACAAGCUGGUACCAUCGUAGAUACACAUAUAACACAUCCUAGUCAUAUUGAUUUUUAUCUUGUAUCACAUGCAAGCAUUCAGGGAACUGCGCGACCUACCAAAUACAAAUGCGUAUUUAAUCAAUUAGAUAUGACGGAGGAUCAAAUCGAAGAACUUACAUAUUAUUUGUGUCAUAUGUUUGCGCGAUGUACAAGAUCAAUUAGUUAUCCAGCACCGACAUAUUAUGCUCAUUUAGCAGCAUUUCGAGCCAGAGCAUUUAUACAAAAUGUACCAAUAGAGCUAAGCAAAUUGCAAGAUGAACAAGUAAAAGUAAAAGUGGUAUUAAACGAUGAUGUUCCGAUGUUUUAUGUCUAAAAAUUAUAUCAAUAUAUACAUGUAUGCAGAAGAAAAUUUUAAUUAAUAUUUCUUAUAAUAUAUUUCAGUAUCACAGUUUUUAUUUUUGAUGUUUUAUUCUUUAUGAAUUUUUGAUGUUGUAUUCACAAAUUAAUUAAAACUAAAAUGUAUUACAAAGUAAUAAGGGAAAACGAUAAGGGAAUAGUUCGUAGAUUUUAAUAUUGACGUGAAAAUAUACGUAUAUAUAUAUAUAUAUAAGGAAACUUAUAUCUUAUUAAUUGUAAUGUAUUGCUAUAAAUUAAACUGACUUGAUAUAAUAAAAAUUGAAUGUACAACCCAUGAUAUGGGAUAA